AUGGCGGCUUACCUCGCAAUUCGCACGGUGUCGUUGCGAGGAGCCUUCGGUCUACACAGGAGGACGCCGGGAUCUCCUAUUACAUCCGCAAGGCUCGGGUGCUCCUAUGCCACAGACGCGCCGUUCCAAGAGUCGACGGAGGAAUAUCACUUCGUCGAGCGUCUCAUCCCGCCAUCGCGGGUGCCCUCUCCGCCCAAGCACCUCGGGCCGACCCCGUCCGGUUGGACCCCCCCGGCAGAGUCCCCGCCGGCUCUCCCUUACAUGAUCCGCCGCUCCCGCAUGCACAACAUCCCAGUGUACACUGACGUGACCCACGGGAACCGUCACAUGACGUUGGUCCGGAAGGUGGAAGGCGACAUCUGGGCUUUGGAGCGAGACGUCAAAGAGUACCUGAAGAAAGUGACUGGCCGAGAAUUACCGACGCAAGUAAACGAGGUCACGAUGACACUGAGGGUCAAAGGCUAUUUUGAUAAGGAGCUGAAGGAAUGGUUGACCAGUAAAGGCUUCUAA